CUUGUCCGGCCGGCGGCGGCGGCGGCGGCGAGCAGCAGGGGUAUGAGGGCGAGCCCGGAAAGCGGCAGCUGAGCCGGCCGGGAGAAGUGCCAGUCCCCGAGGAUUCCGAGAGUGCGGAGCUCGGAGCAGGGGCCGGGAGGCGCGAGGGAGCCGGGCCCGCCCCUCGGGAACGUGUCCCGGGGCCGACCCGGCCCGUAGUGUGGCAGCAGCUUCAGUUGCUGACAUAAAGGAGACUAACAAAGAAGAACUGAGGUGCAGACUUGAAUCUUGAAGCACCGUGAGGUGGGGCUUUGGAGUCACACCCAGCUGGAUUCGAAUCUUGGCUCUGUCAAUUAUUAACUGUGUGACCUGGACAGUCUGCAAAAUGAGGACAAUACUGCCAAUUUCAUACAGUACUUGUGAGGAUUAAGUGCGACAAUUUAUGUGCGUCCGUGGACAAGGUUUGAGAGGCACUGUACUGUACCAGGCUCCCUUUAAUUGGAUCGUGGCAGAUGGUAGGUGAGCCCGUGAAACAAUAUGAAGAGGAGAAAAUAGCCUUUUAAGGAAAUUGGCCCACAGAAAGGAUGGCCUUCUUGGACAAUCCAACUAUCAUUCUAGCUCAUAUUCGACAGUCACAUGUGACCAGUGAUGACACAGGAAUGUGUGAGAUGGUUCUCAUUGAUCAUGAUGUUGACCUAGAGAAGAUUCAUCCUCCUUCAAUGCCUGGAGACAGUGGGUCAGAAAUUCAGGGAAGCAAUGGUGAGACUCAGGGCUAUGUAUAUGCCCAGUCAGUCGAUAUUACCUCAAGUUGGGACUUUGGUAUUAGAAGACGCUCAAAUACAGCUCAAAGAUUAGAACGACUCCGAAAAGAGAGACAAAACCAGAUCAAAUGCAAAAAUAUUCAGUGGAAAGAAAGAAAUUCUAAGCAAUCAGCCCAGGAGUUAAAGUCACUGUUUGAAAAAAAGUCCCUCAAAGAGAAACCUCCAAGUUCUGGAAAGCAGUCAAUGUUAUCUGUGCGCCUGGAGCAGUGCCCCCUGCAGCUAAAUAAUCCUUUUAACGAGUAUUCCAAAUUUGAUGGCAAGGGUCAUGUAGGCACAACAGCAACCAAGAAGAUUGACGUCUACCUCCCCCUGCACUCGAGCCAGGACAGACUGCUGCCAAUGACCGUGGUGACAAUGGCCAGUGCCAGGGUGCAGGACCUGAUCGGGCUCAUCUGUUGGCAGUACACAAGCGAAGGACGGGAGCCGAAGCUCAAUGACAAUGUCAGUGCCUACUGCCUGCAUAUCGCUGAGGAUGAUGGAGAGGUUGACACAGAUUUCCCCCCACUGGAUUCCAACGAGCCCAUUCAUAAGUUUGGCUUCAGUACCUUGGCCCUGGUUGAAAAGUAUUCAUCUCCUGGUCUGACAUCCAAAGAGUCGCUCUUUGUUCGAAUAAAUGCUGCUCAUGGAUUCUCCCUUAUUCAGGUGGACAACACAAAGGUCACCAUGAAAGAAAUCUUGCUAAAGGCAGUGAAGCGAAGAAAAGGAUCCCAGAAAAUUUCAGGCCCUCAGUACCGCCUGGAGAAGCAGAGCGAGCCCAAUGUCGCCGUGGACCUGGAGAGCACUUUGGAGAGCCAGAGCGCCUGGGAGUUCUGCCUGGUCCGAGAGAACAGUUCAAGGGCAGACGGGGUUUUUGAGGAGGAUUCGCAAAUUGACAUAGCUACAGUACAGGAUAUGCUUAGCAGCCACCAUUACAAGUCAUUCAAAGUCAGCAUGAUCCACAGACUACGAUUCACAACCGAUGUUCAGUUAGGUAUCUCUGGAGACAAAGUAGAGAUAGACCCUGUUACGAAUCAGAAAGCCAGCACUAAGUUUUGGAUUAAGCAGAAACCCAUCUCAAUCGAUUCUGACCUGCUCUGUGCCUGUGACCUUGCUGAAGAAAAAAGCCCCAGUCACGCAAUAUUUAAACUCACGUAUCUAAGCAAUCACGACUAUAAACACCUCUACUUUGAAUCGGACGCUGCUACCGUCAAUGAAAUCGUGCUCAAGGUUAACUACAUCCUGGAGUCACGAGCAAGCACUGCCCGGGCUGACUAUUUUGCUCAAAAACAGAGAAAACUGAACAGACGUACAAGCUUCAGCUUCCAGAAGGAGAAGAAAUCAGGGCAGCAGUGACACUGGCCUCCGGCCUCAAUCUGUUGCCAUCACUCAGAGCCUGCCUGCCAGGACCAGGUGGCCCUAGAGCCCACCGUGUGUCCUGCAGUCCUCGAGGGGAGGCCAGCCCCCGGCUCACGGGCACAGGGCUGGUGGGCUCUUGGGGAAGCGGGGGCACCCCCUAGAACAGAGCUGGGGACAUUUCCACAGGACUGAAGCCUGAGUGGCACUGGCUUUGCUGAGCUGUGCCCGGGGGCCAGACGACACCCAGAGGAGCCACGUGCUGCCCAGCCAUCUUCACUGCCCGGCGGCCCUGCCUGAGGAUGUACAUAGCCGUGCCCAGACAUCUCCUUGCAACUUGAUCAAAUUUCUUGAAGAACAAAAAUGUACAUUUCUUUUUUUCCUUUUAAUAAACAGGUGUACUCUUUA